GCUAGGGUAACUCAGCAGUCAGUGAGUGAAGGGAGCUUAUGGGGAGGCACCGAAGCUGGAUGAAAGGGCUUUUCUAGGGAAAAACACCUCAGUGGAAAGAGGAAAAGCAACACAGGUUUACCCAGAUGACAGCAAGGGGACAAGAAGGUGAAUGUCAGCUUCUUUGAGAGUGCACUGCAAGCUAGCUGUGAAUGUUUUUCAUCUGGCCAUUCUCCCAUGUAACAAGCAUUUCUUCUGUUAACUCUGAGAUGGAAGCUCUCUGCACUGAGUCUCACCCAUUCCAGCAGCUGCACUAUAUUCUACUUUCUACCUAAUGACUAGGAAAUACCAAAAUGACUCCUGGCUGAUAAGUCAUUCUCAGUUUUGUGGCUGAGUUGGGAGUGCACUGUCAUUUCACAUGAGCUUUAGUGUUCCACUGAGCCAGGGAAGUCUCUAUUACAGCCACAGCUCAACAUCCAGCUGCUGCUUUCAGGUCAUCUAUAGAGUGGCUUUGACAGCAUGGAACAGAUGGAUGUAGCUCUAAAGCCAGUGCCAAGCACAGAGAGGGUGAAAUUGGCAGCUUUCAGCAUAUGCUGUAAGGUAACGGUUGCUAUCGUAUUUGUGGGUGGCAUUGCUGGCCUAUCCUUCAUGAUCCUAUUGGCCUGUCACCCUAGACGAGAGCUCAGCUUUGAGCACACUGUGGAGCUAAGAGGAAUUGUGUAUGACAACAGCUUACAAAGGGAGACAUCGGACUACUACCGAAUGCUGACCCCCACUCUGGAAAGGCUGUUUCUAACCAGUUUCCGGAGUUCUCAGCUGGAGGGGAGCUGUGCUAGCUGCACGAUCCUGCAGUACAGCAGGAAUGGAAACUCCAGUGUGAUUGUCCAUUUCCGUCUCCGCUUCAUCCACCAAGCUUCCCAACCUUUGAGCUCCAGCUUGGAGGAAGAGGCAUUCACACGUGGGCUAACAGAAGCACUGAACAAACAGGGUAUCCCUCUGGCUACCUAUGGGACUAUAUCCUCAGCCUUUCUCACAAGACCAAGCGAGGCAUCACCAUAUGGAAUUGAAUUGAAAUCAGGCAGUUGCCCUGGAAAUACAUUUGCUUGUAAGAACAGCCAGUGUGUAUGGAAAGAGAACCCAGAGUGUGAUGGCCACGCUGACUGCUUGGAUGCCUCUGAUGAGGCAGACUGUGACUGUGGGAGUCGACCCGCCAUGCAGACAGCCAACAGGAUUGUGGGAGGCUCCAAAGCCUCCAGAGGGGAGUUUCCAUGGCAAGUCAGCCUGAGGGAAAACAACGAGCAUUUCUGUGGUGCAGCCAUCCUCACUGAGAAGUGGCUGGUGUCUGCUGCUCACUGCUUUAAUGAGUUUCAGGACCCAAAGGUCUGGGCUGCCUAUGCGGGAACCACCUCUCUCAGUGGCAUCGACCCCAGCACUGUGAAAGCUGGCAUUGCACGGAUAAUCACACACCCUUCUUAUAAUGCGGAUACUGCUGAUUUUGACGUGGCUGUGCUGGAGCUUGCAAGUCCUAUGGCCUUUAACAAGUACAUCCAGCCCGUGUGCCUACCAGGAGCAGGGCACCACUUUCCUGCUGGCAAGAAGUGUCUCAUCUCUGGCUGGGGCUACCUUAAGGAAGACUUUUUGGUAAAACCAGAGACCUUGCAGAAGGCGACAGUGGAGCUGCUGGACCAGGUGUUGUGCUCUAGCCUGUAUAGCUAUGCCCUCACUGACAGGAUGGUGUGCGCUGGCUACUUGGAGGGGAAAAUUGAUUCAUGCCAGGGUGACUCUGGUGGCCCCCUGGUUUGUGAAGAACCAUCUGGCAAGUUUUUCCUAGCAGGCAUCGUGAGCUGGGGAAUCGGCUGUGCUGAAGCCAGGCGACCAGGAGUUUAUGCCCGAGUGACCAAGCUCAGAGACUGGAUCCUUGAUGCUGUCUCUGCCUCCCCUGCCUUCACAGCACUCACCCUCCCAGAAACACCUUCUAGCACAAACAGCAGUUCUGCCACCACUGAAGGGAUCAGCAACAGCAUCACCAGCACUCCUAGAGCUAUCUCUACUAUCUCCUCAACCCCAGCCACCAGCAAGUCAUCUACCACUGCCAGGCCUCAAGAAUGUGGCGGACGACCUGGUCUCUCUAAACCCAACAAGAUUGUGGGAGGAUUCAAUGCUUCCAGAGGAGAGAUCCCCUGGCAAGUCAGCCUGAAGGAAGGGUCGAGACAUUUCUGUGGAGCCACCGUCGUUGGAGAGCGCUGGCUGCUGUCAGCAGCUCACUGUUUCAAUCAGACAAAGCUGGAAUAUAUCAAAGCCUACAUAGGAACCACAUCAUUAAAUGGAGCAGAUGGCAACACAGUGAAAGUCAGUAUAAAGAAAGUGGUGCAGCACCCUUCCUACAAUCCUAUCAUCUUGGACUUUGAUGUUGCUGUAUUAGAACUGGCAAGUCCCCUGCUCUUCAACAAAUACAUCCAGCCUGUGUGUCUCCCUCUAGCUGUGCAGAAGUUCCCUGUUGGCAAGAAGUGCAUGAUUUCUGGAUGGGGAAAUAUCCAAGAAGGCAACAUCACCAAGCCUGAAAGCCUGCAGAAAGCCUCUGUUGGCAUCAUUGAUCAGAAGACCUGCAACGUCCUCUACAACUUUUCCCUUACUGACAGGAUGAUCUGUGCUGGCUUCCUAGAAGGGAAGGUCGACUCAUGCCAGGGGGACUCAGGGGGACCACUGGCCUGCGAGGAGACCCCAGGCGUGUUUUAUCUGGCUGGCAUUGUGAGCUGGGGAAUUGGUUGUGCCCAAGCCAAGAAGCCAGGGGUGUACUCCAGGAUAACCAAGCUUAAAGACUGGAUCCUCGACAUCAUCUCACCCUUGCCUGCCCCUGAAGCAGGCACUUCACCCAGCUCAGCCACUACAAGAGCUUGCACCACAACCAGCUCCACAGCCUGGACCAGCACCAGCACCAGCAAAGCAGCUACAAGCCCAGCUGACAGGACAACCAGCAAAGCAGCAGCCACCACUAGCACCACCACCAGGAAAGCAACUGCUGCUGUUCCAAAGACAAGUGGUCCUGCCAAACCUACCCAGCUGCCAGAUUGUGGCAUGACUCCUGCCGUAGCCUUCAAUAAGAUUGUCGGCGGAAGUGCUGCAGCUCGGGGUGAGUGGCCCUGGCAGGUCAGUCUCUGGCUUCGGCGAAAGGAGCACAAGUGUGGAGCCGUCCUCAUCGCUGAAAAGUGGCUACUUUCAGCAGCUCAUUGCUUUGAUGUCUACAGUGACCCCAAGAUGUGGGUGGCCUUUCUGGGGACACCUUUCCUGACCGACAUUGAUGGGAGGGUGGAGAAAAUCUACCGCAUCUACAAGCACCCAUUCUACAAUGUUUACACCCUGGACUACGAUGUGGCACUGUUGGAGCUAACUACGCCUAUGAAAUACACCAGCACCAUCAAACCCAUCUGUCUCCCAGACAACUCUCAUACGUUCCGGGAAGGCUCAAGAUGCUUCAUCACAGGCUGGGGCUCCACCAAGGAAGGAGGCUUUAUGUCCAAACAACUGCAAAAAGCAGCCGUAAAUGUAAUUGGUGAUCAGGCCUGCAAGAAGUUUUACCCCAUCCAGAUCAGCAGCAGGAUGGUGUGUGCUGGCUUUCCACAGGGCGCUGUCGACAGCUGUUCGGGCGAUGCAGGUGGCCCCUUGGCAUGCAAGGAACCUUCAGGAAGAUGGUUUCUCGCUGGAAUCACAAGCUGGGGCUAUGGCUGUGCAAGGCCAUACUUCCCUGGUGUUUACACCAAAGUAACAGCUGUCCGGGGCUGGAUUGCACAGAACCUCAAGCUGUAAAGUUGCAGUCUCCACUCAGGGAAGGAGAAGUGGAAGGUGGAGUGUUCUCCAGGGACCUGGUGCAUUAACCUCUUAGCCCACACACAUUUUAUUGAUGCUGCCAAGGGAUGAAGACAGCACAAAGCCACGGGAGGACAAUCCUGAUGCUGCGCAACCUGCCGCAGUCUCAACACCAGGGCAUUCAAUAAUCAGAGCUUGCUUUGCAUAUAAUGGUGCGAUUCUAGAGAAUGUUUUCUAUAAAUAAAGAGGCCUGUUUAUUCAA